AUGAGGAGAACUUAAGGAAAUGAAAGUGGAAAAGAGAGUGUGCUAUAGUGUGUCCCACAGAAACACUUGUACACAUGUAAGGCGUGCUCACACAACUUGUGAUGGUUGAACCUCAACCAUGAUAAAAUUUUUGCUCAUCCAACAACAUCAGUUCACUCUCCACCAUUUCAUCUUCUGUCUGCCAUCAAUGGCUACCUUCAACAUGUCAUUUCUCACGCAACCCCAUUCUAGUCUUCCCAAUUUUCCCAAUUUUUCUUCCCAAAAUACCCCUUCUUUCUCCUCAUAUUCACUUCCCAAAACUUCCCUUAUUUUCCCUUCCUUUACUGUCCGACCCCAAAACGGAACCAUCACUCGCCGCAUCGUUGUUGUUGCAGCUCUGAAAAAACUCUCUGAAACAGACCCUUUAACUGUGCCUGUACAACCUAAUGAAAUAUCUGCAAGGUUCCCGAAUGAAUCAGGUGUAUAUGCUGUGUAUGAUAGUAAUGGUGAUCUUCAAUUUGUUGGCAUAUCACGCAAUAUUGCUGCCAGUGUUGUUUCCCAUAAGAAUUCUGUACCCCAAUUCUGCUCUUCCGUAAAGGUUGGUGUGGUUGAUGAGCCAAAUAGAACAGCUUUAACUGAAUCUUGGAAAUCAUGGAUGGAAGAACAUAUUGCGACCAGUGGAAAGGUACCACCAGGUAAUGAACCAGGAAAUUCGACAUGGGUACGUCAGCCUCCAAAGAAGAAGGCUGAUCUAAGGUUAACACCAGGCCGUCAUGUGCAGUUGACAGUUCCCUUGGAGGACCUCAUUGACCGGCUAGUGAAAGAGAACAAGGUGGUUGCUUUCAUUAAAGGAUCAAGAAGUGCACCACAAUGUGGGUUUUCACAAAGGGUGGUAGGCAUUCUUGAAAGUGAAGGUGUCGAUUAUGAAAGCGUCGAUGUCCUCGAUGAAGAGUACAACGCCGGGUUGAGAGAGACGUUGAAGAACUAUAGUAACUGGCCUACAUUUCCACAAAUUUUUGUAAAGGGUGAGUUAGUUGGUGGGUGUGAUAUCUUGACCUCCAUGUAUGAAAAGGGCGAACUUGCCAGCUUGUUCAAAAGCUAAAUGUUCAAUUAGCAGUAAAGAGUACGCUUUGUUGUAAGAAUUACACAUCUUUGAACUAAUUCACUCAUCAGUGUGUCUGGUGUUGUAGAAAUAGUGGAAUAGUUGGAAGACGUUCAUUGGUCCUGUGUACAACAGAAUUUUGUUCUAACUAACAAAUGGAUGCAUAUUUUUACUGA